GGGGGGGCCCCCUUCUCCACUGAUCGCUCCCCGGAUCACAAUCACCUCCGACAGCUCCACCCAUGAUGGCACACUAGCUGGAGAACCACAAUGCAAACAUAAACAUAGCAGCAGCAGCAGCUCAUGUGUUGCAUUGUUUCGUUGAUUUGAGCAAUUUCGUAAACAUGCAAGUCUCCCUAAAGCUGUGAAAGAACGGACACAGAAGAAAAUACAGCUCGGUGGAAUCCAACUGCUAACCUCGCCUGAACGCUACGAAGAUGCCUGAAGUUCGGGAACUUUCUGAGGCUUUGCCAGAGAUGCCAAUGGACCCAAUCACUGGAGUUGGAGUAGUGGCCUCCAGGAACCGGGCCCCCAGCGGAUAUGAUGUGGUGUCCACCACCACAGACGGCCUGGACGCUGACCUGUGGAAAGACGGCCUCUUCAAAUCCAAGGUGACGCGCUACCUGUGCUUCACCAGGGUCUUCUCGAAAGAAAAUAGCCAUUUAGGCAAUGUUCUGGUGGACAUGAAGCUGAUUGAUAUAAAGGACACUCUGCCUGUUGGAUUCAUCCCCAUCCAGGAGACUGUUGACACUCGUAAGUUCUCAAGUCCAGUAGAAAUACACUGA